AUGAAAGCAACAUCUGUUGAUCAACGUAAUCAGUACGUCCUUAUACCAGGCGGUGCCGGAUUUAUUGGUAGUAAUUGUGUUAUUGAACUUGUUACAGCUGGCUAUACUCCUAUUGUAUUAGAUAAUGAAUGUAAUUCAUCGGCAGAAUGCUUAAGACGAGUUGAACAAAUUACUGGAAGUAAAAUAAUCAAUUAUAAAAUGGAUUGCCUUGAUUUAGAAGGUUUAAGAAGUAUUUUUAAACAAUAUCCUAUUUAUGCAAUUAUUAAUUGUGCUGCACUUAAAUCAGUUGGUGAAUCAGUUGAAAAACCGAUUCUAUACUAUAACAAUAAUGUUGGCUGUUUACUUAAUUUAGUCACUUGUAUGGAAGAAUUUAAUGUAAAGAAUUUUAUUCUUUCAUCAUCAGCUACUGUUUAUGGUCCACCGAAAUAUUUACCGAUUGAUGAAAAACAUCCAUGUGUAGGCGAUGAUAUUACUAAUCCGUAUGGUAAAAGUAAAUAUAUAUGUGAACAUAUUCUUAAAGAUGCAACAGCUGCUCAUCCUGAAUGGAAUGUCAUUCUUUUACGUUAUUUCAAUCCAAUUGGCGCUCAUAAAACAGGCUUAAUUGGCGAAGAUCCUAUUGGUAGACCAAAUAAUCUCAUGCCAUUUAUUGCACAAGUAGCUGUUGGUCGAUUGCCGUAUGUUAAUAUUUUUGGUACUGAUUAUGAUACUCCUGAUGGUACAGGUGUUCGAGACUACAUACAUGUCGUUGAUGUAGCAACAGGUCAUAUUGCAGCAUUCAAACAGUUUGAAAAAAAUUGUGGUCUAAAAGUUUAUAAUCUUGGUACUGGUAAAGGUUAUUCUGUGUUAGACAUGAUUAAAGCAUUAGAAAAAGCAUCAGGCAAAACAAUACCUUACAAAGCGUGCCCUCGACGUCCAGGAGAUCUUGCAAAUGUCUAUGCUGAUCCUACAUUAGCAUCCAAAGAACUCGGAUGGACAGCUGAACGAGAUCUAGAUGAAAUGUGUGAAGAUAUAUGGCGUUGGCAAUCAAACAAUCCAAAUGGAUUUCAAUAG